ACACACAACAAAACUCAAUAAACACACAGCAUCAAGAACACGGAAAUGAUGAGGAUCGAUCGGAGAUGGCACUAUUUCAUCAUGUCUUAUUUGAACGUAAAAGUGCCAUAGGUCGUGAAUACAAGCAUCGAGCAGAAAAAGACACAGAGAAACGAUCGCCAUUGGAAAAGGUGUCCGAUUAUCUGGAAUCCUUCCUACGCUAUACAGAAGCCGUUUUUCAUCAACAUGAAGCCGAUAAGAACGGUUACAAAUAUAACUUUAAGUAUCUUAAUCUAGAAAAAUUAUUCGAUUUUAUUCGAGCCACAAUCGAAAAACAAGGGAACGAGACUCCUUUGGCCGGGCUUGUCAAGUUUGUCAAAGCGGUAAUCCUAUUUAAACACUGGCAGAUUGAACAAAACCGUUUCCAUCAGGUUGAGAAUAACCUUCAAGAUUCUUAUGUAAAUGAUUCAUCAGGUUUAAAUUCUAAAAAAGCUUUUGACGAAUAUUUGAA